GAUUUGCUCAUACUGAACUGUGAAAAUAUGUCACUAGUUCAUACUCAUCUGUGAAUUGAUGUUUUUCUGAUCUCAUGCACAAUAGUGGAAACAUGACUACUUCUUGCGCUCCUCAAUUUUCUUCAUCUGCCACAACUCAAACUACCGUGUACUUGCCUAACAUCUUACUUGAUGAGACCAAUUACCCUACAUGGCUGUUCAGAAUAGAGUCCUUCCUUAGAGGUCAAAAUCUUUUUGGAUUUGUGGAUGGUACAACUCCUUGUCCUCCACAGUUCACUCAAUCCUUGGAUGGCACUACUUCUGUUCCCAAUGCUGAGUACAUAGUCUGGAAAACACAAGAUUAAAGUAUAGUGAACAUGAUGGGCCAAACAUUGAGCACUGUGGCUAUGGUCUGUGCUGUGGGAAGCAAGUCUGCUCAAGAUAUGUGGUCUAGACUCAAGCUGAAAUUUGUAGCUCCAAAUAGACAAAACAUCCUCCAGCUCAAGUCCAAUUUGCAAAACUUAAAGAAGGGGAAUAAUGAUAUUGAGACUUACCUGGACAAAAUUAAAGCAGCUAAGGAUGCUCUCGAAACUGUAGGAGUUGUCACUGAUGAUGAAGACAUUGUUGUCACUGUGUUAAGAGGUUUGCCGGCUGAAUUUACAGCAAUUAAAACUGUCAUUCGAGCUCAGUUUGUGAGCUGCUCACUUGGUGAACUUAAAACCUUACUCAAAGCUGCAGAGAUUGACAUUGGCAAUGAAACUCAAGGUUUGCAAACUCUCUUGACUGCAAUGUUGGCAAAGACUAGCUCUGAUGGUGUUGGUUCUACUGCUUCUGCUGUUCCUGUUGGAACCACUCCUGUACCAGCUACCUCAACAUCAAAUAUUUCAUCUAUAUCUGCCAAUAUUGCUCCAGCUAUGUCUCAGCCCUCAUAUGCUGCACCUAGUGUUCCACCAGGUUUUCAACCACCAACACAAGCUCCUCUUCUUGCUCCGAUUUCACAUCAAGGUUCCUGUGUUCCUAUGUCUCCUGUUUCUUAUGGGUACAAUCCCUACACACCGUAUCCUGUGUUUGAUUUCAAUGCUGGUAUGGCUGGUCUCUUUGCUGGACGAGGCAAUUCUAGACCACCUGGCAAUUUUGGCAAUAGAAAUUUCAACUAUGCUGGAAGAGGCAUUGCAUCACCUGUUAUUGUUGGUUUUAACUCAAACAAUGCAAUUGGAGCUCAGAACAACUUUACUGGUUUCAGAAACAACAUUGCUAAUCCUGGAGCUGGUCCCUUGACUUGUCAACUUUGUGGGAAAGUCGGUCAUGGUGCUAAGACCUGCAGAACCCUGUCCAACUAUCAACAAGGCAACAACAACUAUUCUACUACUGGAUGUCAGUAUUGUGGGAGACAAGGCCACACAGCUGAAAGAUGCUACUUCAUUAUUGGUUUCCCUGGUCAACAGCAGCAACAAUCUUCUGAACCUGUGAAUGGGACUGCUAUGCUUGCAGCAUCUAAUCUCGCACCUCAAUUUUGGUUGGCUGACACAGGGGCCACCAACCACAUGACAAGCAAUGCUCAACUUAUUGAUAAUGCUGUCUCUUACCCUGCAACUGAUACUGUGCAAGUUGGUAAUGGACAAAGUGCAGGGCAGAAUACUCUAUCAGGGAAUGUGUAAACAAGGCCUCUAUCCAAUUCCUUUUCAGCUUCCUCUUAUGACUCGGACCAACCUCAUCAAAUAAAGCUCAUCCUGAAGUUCUCUCCAAGUCUGCCUUUGUGGGACAGUUCAUUAAACACACAAUUUGGCAUCAGAGGUUGGGACAUCCAACAAAUGAAGUUGCUACAAGCAUGCUUGAGAGAUGUCAUAUUCAAGCUUCUGCUGAUAAUGAGUCUAUUGUGUGUGAGCCUUGUUUGUUAGACAAACUACAUAAACUUCCUUUUCCUAACUCAGUUUCUAGAAGCCAGGUACCUUUUGAACUUGUACACUCAGAUGUAUGGGGACCUUCCCCUCAUCCAUCUUUGGAUGGUUACAAAUAUUUUGUUAUAUUCAUAGAUGAUUGUACUAGAUUCACCUGGAUGUACCCCAUGAGAAAUCAAAAUGAGGUUUUUGGCUA